AUGUACUUGGAAUAUCUUCAACCGAAGUUGAACCUAAUGGAUGAGUCAAGCACCAUAAAUAAAAAUUUCCCCGAUUAUUCGCCAAAUUUAAACACACCCAUUACUUCAAAUUUUAAUGAAGAAACGGGUUCGGAUAGCUCUUUAAUUACUCCAAGGAUAACUUGCAGUUCGAAUUCAAAUUCAAAUUCAAACUCGAAUUCGAACUCGAACUCGAACUCGAACUCAGGUUCCAUUGACGAAAACGAGCUAAACCACUCUAAUUCAUCUUCCUCGUCUGCAAGACAGAUAAGGAAAAAAUGGAAAGAACCUGAAGACAUAGCAUUCAUUACUACUAUAAUGAAUAAUUCCCAAUUACUAACAUUCGUAGAAUAUUUCAAGCCUAUGAAAAAUUUUUGGAAAAAGAUCUCAAAAAUCUUAUUCCAACAAUAUGGGUACGAGAGAAACUCUCUGCAAUUACAAAACACUUUCAGUUUUGUAAACGGAAACAUUAUACUCAAGUCGCAAAAAACGUUGAAACCGAACAAAAAUGGUACUAAUGAUAAUACUAAUAAUCAUAAUGGUGAUAAUAAUAUUAAUAAUCAUAAUAUUAAUAAUAAUAAUAGUAACAAUAAUAAUAAUAGCAAUAAUAUGAAUAAUAACAUUAAUAAUAAUAGUAAUCAUGGUACUAAUGUCUUCAGUACACCAGAGCAUAUCCAAUCCAGUAUCGACCUCGAUAAACUGGAAUCUUUGCCAGCUUUGGAUACCAAAGGGGAACCUUCCUUCAUCAGUCCGGCCCAGUUUUCUCUUUUGUCAUCAGCACCAGCAGAUAAUUUAAUCCUGCAAACUCCACCAUCCCCUUUCUUUCAGCAGACAGUGCCUAUACAGCUACCGCGCGAUACGCAAGAACAAGAGCAAAUUUCCCCAGUUUUCUCUGCGGAUGUCUUCUACAUGUGGCAAACAAUGUUCAAUACUAUUGAAAAUUUAAAGGAACAAGUUAAUAGUCUAAAAAAUGAAGUUAAGCAAUUAAAUCAUAAAUUUUACCAACAAAAUAAACCGUUGCGUAAUGUCCCAACUUCAGACUCAGAAAAUUUUAUGCAACAUUAA